GUUCCGAUCAGUCUUUCUUUUUACGUCGAGAGCCCUAGCCUGCGCAUUAACCAAACGCAGCUGCGUAGACAGAACAACUUUCAGGGCAACGUCGUUACAGCAAGACUCUUUAUCUCACGUCAUCCGAGUCUAUUCUUCACCAAUUUCAACAUUUCAACGUUCUUUUUGUAGCAGAGAAGAAACCACAUCCGAUAUGUCUUUCAGAGAUCGUAAAAGCGGGUCAGAUUUCCGCGGAGGAGCUCGUGGAGGGGGUUCCAGUUUCGGAGGGGGUUCUGGUUUUGGGGGCAAUCGUGACUUCAAGAAAGCUCAACCCGGAGAUAAGUUACGUAAGCCAAGAUGGGAGAUGGAUCGCCUUCAACCAUUCGAAAAGAAUUUUUACAAGCCACACCCUAACUUGGCUGUUAAGUCGAUUCACGAGGUUGAACAGUACAGGGCUAGCAAGGAUAUCACAAUCCGCGGUAGAGAUGUUCCUUUCCCUAUCACUUCCUUUGAUGAAGCAAACUUUCCAGAAUAUGUCAUGACUGAGCUCAGACGUCAAGGUUUCAAAGAACCAACAUCUAUUCAAGCUCAAGGCUGGCCAAUUGCUUUGAGUGGAUCAAACAUGGUUGGGAUUGCCCAAACUGGAUCUGGAAAGACUUUAGCUUACACUCUCCCUGCCAUUGUGCACAUUAACCAUCAAGCCUAUCUUGAACCUGGAGAUGGACCAAUUGCACUUAUUCUAGCCCCUACUCGUGAAUUGGCUCAACAAAUCUCAUCCACUGCAAAGGACUUUGGCUCAUCUUCACGUAUUCGCAACACUUGUGUAUUUGGUGGAGCUCCAAAGGGUCCCCAGUUACGCGAUAUCGAACGUGGUGUGGAAAUCAUGAUUGCAACCCCUGGUCGCCUUAUUGAUUUUCUUGAAGCUGGCAAGACUAACUUGCGUCGUUGCACAUAUUUGGUUUUGGACGAGGCCGAUCGGAUGCUUGAUAUGGGUUUUGAGCCCCAAAUUCGUAAAAUUAUUGAACAAAUUCGGCCUGAUCGUCAAACACUCAUGUGGUCUGCCACAUGGCCGAAGGAGGUGCGGCAGCUGGCUGAAGAGUUCCUUACCGACUACAUUCAGAUUAACGUUGGCUCUCUGACCCUCUCUGCUAACCACAAUAUUUUGCAAAUUAUUGACGUCUGCCAAGAGCAUGAAAAGGAAACCAAACUGAUGACUUUGCUGCAGGAAAUUGGUGCCGAAGAUGAGAACAAAACCAUUAUUUUUGCUGAAACAAAACGAAAAGUUGAUAGCAUCACAAGAGCCAUGCGCCGCGAUGGAUGGCCGGCGAUGUGCAUUCAUGGUGAUAAGGCGCAACCUGAGCGUGAUUGGGUUUUGAACGAAUUUCGCUCAGGCAAAGCACCCAUUUUAGUAGCUACUGACGUGGCUGCUCGUGGUCUAGAUGUGGACGACGUUAAAUUCGUCAUCAAUUUCGACUAUCCCAACUGUUCCGAAGAUUACGUCCAUCGAAUUGGUCGUACUGGCCGAUCGCAACGCACAGGAACCGCUUACACGUUUUUCACGCCCAACAACUCUAAGCAGGCCCAGGAUUUGGUGAACGUUCUAACAGAAGCAAACCAAGUUGUGAAUCCCAAACUUCUUGAGCUUGCAUCUUCAAACCGUGGUGGUGGAGGCCGUUCCAGAUGGGGAGGCGGUUAUGGUGGUCGUGGAGGUUAUGGAGGAGGUAACAGAGGCUAUGGAGGCGGACAAUCUUACAACUCCAGCCGCUCCUGGGUUGAACGCUAAAACUCAAUCAGUUUAGCACAGAAAUUCAAAGCACCAUCAACUAGUUUUUUUCAACCAACAUUUAAUUAUUCCAAUUUAAUGAGCUGAAUGAGGGUCUCCUGGCGUUUUCAUGAAAAUAUUGAGCAUCUAACGCUUCGUUCCCCACCACGCAUCAUCUUUUCGUUUUUGUAGGCCAAUUUUUUUCGACGUCAUUUAAAUUUUUGGCAAACUACACCAGCCAUUUUCACUGACACGUUACAAUGUACUCUUAUGUUUGUUCGAGUUAACCGGAAUACAAAGUAAUCGUAAU